CUCAGCCUGACAAACUAUUUCGAGAAUAUAUUGGGAACAAGCAUUUUUGUCUGGAACAUAUUUUGAAGUGUAAGGCAUGGAUUUACAAUGGCAUUAUUUGAGUUUAUUUUAUUUCCUAAGUGGACCUGUGGCUUGGUCAGAGCGGCGAUACUCCGAGCACGAGAACAUGAGUCUCCAACUCGACCGGCUCCUACUGGGGUAUGACAGGCGCCUGAGACCAGGCUUUGGAGAGGAGCCCCUGGUGAUAAAGACUGACAUUUUAGUUCGUUCCAUGGGACCUGUAAACGAAAGAACAAUGGACUAUUCGAUGGACUGUUACUUCCGGCAACUCUGGGUCGACAAGCGCUUGGCGCUGAACGUGUCAAUGCCAAACAUCUCCCUGAACAUCAAGGUCAUGGAUAGGCUUUGGUACCCAGACACAGUCUUCCUGAAUGGCGGGAAAUCAUUCGUCCACAUGAUCCCGAUGCCAAACAAAUUCUUCCGGAUCAACAAGGAUGGAACCGUCUUUUACUCACAAAGACUGACAAUUACAGCUACAUGUCGGAUGCGACUGGAGAAGUAUCCCCUGGAUUCCCAAAACUGCCAUCUCUAUGUAGGAAGCUUCGCCUAUUCGAUCGAUGACGUCAUCUACGAGUGGAGGUUUGGGGCCCAGAAGUCUGUAGAGAUUGCUGCCGGCAUGACCUUAUCCCAGUUUGACCUUCUUCAGACGCCCUGCUUCAACCUCACGUCAACAAUCAGAGGAGCACCCCAUUCCGUAUUGGCGGUUCAUUUCUAUUUGAGGCGCCACAUGGGUUUUUUCGUUAUCAAUGUGUACGUGCCGUGCUUGCUGUUGGUUGUCCUCUCAUGGGUCUCCUUCUGGAUCAACCGUGAGGCCACUUCUGAUCGGAUCGCCUUGGGCACUAUGACUGUGUUAACUAUGACAUUUAUCGGGUUGGACAACCGUAACGACCUCCCUCGUGUCUCCUACUCUACGGCUCUCGACAUCUAUGUGGCAAUCUGCUUUGUGUUCGUCCUUGCCACUAUCAUCCAGUUCGCUGCUGUGCACUACUUCACCAAGUUUGGCUGUGGGGAGGGGCCGCAACUCGUCAAGUACAUCGCCAAGGAGGUUGAGCUUGAGGAGAUUCUCGAGGAUCAGCAGGAAGACGCAAUGUCGACGAGGUCCAUCGAAACCGUCCUGGAAAACGGCCACAGGAGACAGGCGUUCAUUGAAAGAGAUAAGCAGCCCGAAUCGAUCCUCUUCAAAUGCUGGAAUUGCUUUUUCGGCACCAGAAAUGUCCGUCACAAUACCGGUGUUAAAUUGAGCGAAGAGGACACCGCUCGUCUAAACAAGCAGCGGUCCAAUGAGACCAUGAAGAAAUACGAGGAAAGCCAGCUGGAGAUAAAUAAGGUCACUUAA